UCGAGCUGCUUGUUGCGUUUACGGCAGAGGCGCGUGAGCGUGGUGGGAAAUGCGAGCAAGAUGGCGGCGUUGAAGGAGGAGCAGUGCUACGGACUGUCCUGUGGAAGAGUGAGCAAUGGCAGCAAUAUAUCCGUCUAUCAUGUCAAACUGACUGACAGCGCGCUGCGAGCCUUCGAGGACUACCAGGGCACCAAGGGCCUGAAUGCUAAACCACUGAUAAGAUUCACAGGAAAUCAAGGGAAAAUCUCAAUACCGCAGUCAGAGAAUCCAAAUGAGCUACGAACGUUUACGUUCUACCUGUCCAACGUGGGGAAGGACAACCCCCAGGGCAGCUUCGACUGCAUUCAGCAGUACAUUACAAGUGAAGGGAGCAUACAGCUGGACUGCUUGGGAGGGAUCCAGGAUAAAAUCACGGUGUGCGCCACAGAUGACUCCUACCAGAAAGCCAGGCAAAGCAUGGCUCAGGCCGAGGAGGAAACCCGUAGCCGAGGAGCUAUCGUCAUCAAGCCUGGUGGGAGAUACGUGGGUAAGCGGGUGCAGAUCCGGAAGCCCUUAAUGGGCGUAUCCGACGUGGCUCCGUCGCGGCGGACCUCGAGACCCGUUAUUGUCUCCAGCAGUCAGAAAAAGAGCCCACCGCGGCCGCUGAGGGAACGGCUGGUGCACUUACUGGCCCUCAAACCCUACCGCAAACCCGAACUCCUGGUGCGGCUCACCAAGGACGGUCUCUCUCCUCAGGACAAGGAGACGUUAGACAGCCUCCUGCAACAGGUGGCUAACCUAAAUAGUAAAGACAGCACCUUCACAUUGAAGGAUUGUUUGUUUAAGGAAGUUCAGAAGGAUUGGCCUGGUUACACCGAAGUGGACCAGCAGAUUCUGAAGAGAAUUCUUGUACGAAAAUUGUUUAAGCCUCAGAGUGGUACUCCAGCGUCAGGGGAGAACCCGGUCAGCCCUCAAAAAGAGCCGGCCAGCAGUUCACCCUCUCAGAAACGACCUGCAGCGGAGUUUAUCGACCCUCUGGCCAAUAAGAAGCCUCGAAUAUCACAUCUAGCCAAUAAGUCUACAGGACCCCUCAACGGCAAACUGAGCUCCUCCAAUGGAAAGGACUCUUCUAGUUCUCAAGUGGCUGAAACAUCCUCAAGUUCUCAGUUCCCUUCACUAGAGAUCUCCCGACCCAUCGACCCGCUUUCCGACGUCAGCAACGACUCCAACGGCCGAGACUGCGAGAGUCAGGAAGCAGCGGUAGCGGAGAGGUUAAGUCAGCCGGCGUCGCUCGCACCUCGCUCGACGACGCAACCGGAUAGGCCAAGUUCAGUGUCGCCGGCACACGCCGGCAUCGAAGGGUCCCAAAGCCGGCCUGCUUUGCCGUCCCUGCACGGGAAGUCGAAGAAAAAAUCCAAAAAACACAAGGAUAAAGACAAGUCCAAGGAACGAGACAGAGAUUCAAAGAAAAAAGUUGAGGAGGAACGUAGCUCAGAUAAGAAGAAAACCUGCGAUGUAACAACAAAUGAUAGUAGCACAGGUCUGAAUGGAACGUGCGAUGGCUCCAGCAUUCCUGCGUCUUCGUCAGAGACGGCAGACUAUUUAUCAAAGUACACGGUGAUACGUUCGCAAGAGCAACGUCAGAGCUACAAGACCGACUUUAACUCAGAGUACAGCGAGUACAGGGGGCUUCACGCACGUAUAGAAAGCAUCACCCGACAGUUUACUAUACUCGACUCUGAGCUCAAACAACUCCAGCAAGGCACAGACAAGUACAAGACAAUCCACAAUCAGAUACUUGAAGAGUAUCGCAAAAUAAAAAAGACUAAUCCAAACUACGGCCAAGAGAAGAACCGCUGUGAAUAUCUACACAACAAACUGGCACACAUUAAAAAACUCAUAGCAGAAUAUGAUCAUCAGCAACUUCAAAACUGGCACUAAUAUCGAGAUGUUUUUUUCUCCUGAUCUUUCAUUCUCUUUCGAGGGAGAGAAAGAAACUGGAUUUGUUUUUCUUGGCUUGCUCUAAAAAAUGUAAAAUGCCACGAAACUUUUUCUGUAGUAAGCCAAGUGCUCUAGUGAGGACAAUGCAGACCCAUUUCAUUUUUUAUUUUUACGGGACUUACCUGUGUAGCCUAAUGCAUUAUGGGAUGCCAUGUGUGACCAUUGGUUGCCAGCUCCUUUCCCUGUUCAUUGUGAGAAAGCUUGUUCUUCGGAGAUCUUGCUCUUUUUGCUUCGAUGGCCGAACAGGGAUACCAACACCGAAGUGGAUUAGGUAAUUCCCAAUCCUAGUUUCCUGAUACUUUAAGAAGCAGAUUUAGAGAGAGGAAAAAUUUAAGUGGUUAUCGUUCUGAAAUGAAAGGAUCUAAUGAUAAACUAUAUUUUAUUUUCUUUUAUAUUUAUUUUUUCUUUUUGUCUUCCAUAGGGAAUGUAUGUUUAUUAAUUUCUCCCUCCCUCUGUAUGAAUGCUAAACAUCUCUUCCAAGCCCUUUGGUCUUUCUUUUCAGUCAGUAUUUUAUGCAAAAGCUGCCUUGGAUUUUUAAGAGAUCCCCUUUGCAGUCCAGUUUAUAUUUUUUAAGUGCUCCAGUGUAUGAAAUGGCACUAUUUGGCUUCUCUGGUCUUUUAUUUUGUGCAGCGCGCUAGACUAUGUGCAAUGGACAUCUCCUUGGAGGCUUCGGUCAGUAUUAACCUACAAUGGAGACCGCUUUGGUAGACCAGGGUUGAACUUGUCAUUCCAGAGGUAUGAGAGCACUACAGUGUUGCACCAGGUUACAAAGCUUUGUGUAGAUGGUUACCUGAUCUGACCAGAUCUUAACGUAGUACCACUUUAUGACAAACCUUUCAUAUCUGAGGAAUAUCGGGUGUGAUUGUGGCCAAAUCUUGCAGCCGUGUGCCUCUUCUGAGCAGUGGUUCAUCUCUCGUGUAUCUACAGUAUUGCGAUUUGUAAUGUAUAACAGGUCCAGAGUCUAUGGCCAAAAUUACGAUGGCAUUCUUCCCUUUAACGUCGACAGGCCUGAAAUACACAACCCUUUAGCAGGUUAGACUCGCUCGAACUUUGAGCGUUUGUGGGUCUCCAUUUCCGACAGUAUUUUCCUCCGCGACUGUUAUAUUUCAUUCACUUAAAGCGUCUCAUCAGAGAGCCCUAUCCUGUGUACCUGUGUGCAGAGGAUCUAUUACAAACCUAUGACGUAUUCCAAUAGGAUCUCCUCACGUUACUGCGGUAUCUGCCUCAUGAAAGCUCAUUUGUCAGGCCCUGUUAAAGCAUCAAUUGUACUUGUGAUAUCUGAACUUUUUUUUUUGUUGAAAUAUUAAAAUUCAGCACUUUGCUCAGCUUCUCGCUCUUACUGCUUACCUGGGUUUUGUUGCAGGGAGACACCUGCCUUGUCUGUUUGUGUAAGCAUGCUUUCUGACUGUUUAAAGAGGAAAGAGGAGAAAAGACCUGGGUUUUCAGUGGUUUUACACUGCUGGUUAAUAUUCAAAGCCAAAUAUUGAUCAUACCUGGCCAGAAUUAGUUUGGUGAUUUGAAUUUCAAUGUACUGGAGGGAAAUGAAGCGCAGAGGCAAACAGAUGUACAAAAUACUUUAUUCCUGAAAAUCAUUAAGUAUUUAUUUUUGAACACAAUGAUCAGUUUACUUGCAGGUUACUGUCUUUAAGUUGCGUAUCAAGCCGUUUAAAAAGGAUGCAACAAGUUAAUGAAGAAUGUGAAUGAGGAACCCGUUGAAACGGUUCUGUGAUGACAAGACGAAAUGUCAGGGAAAAUGUGCCAAAUGACCUGUUGUAUAGGUUUGCAUCAAAUGAAAUAUGUUGCUGUUUUAGCACAAAAAAGAAAAUUAAGGGAUCGAGGAGCUUUGGAAUAGAAAGUUGUGGAUGUCAACGCUAAAACCCAAAGCGCGCUUUUUGAAACAAUAAGGGAACGGGGAUGAGAUUUAUCUUGAUAUUUCAAUAAAAUUCUUGGAAACUG